GCAAACUAAAUCCUAAGAUGAGUAUUAACUAAUUCACCCUUGAAAAAAACUAAAUUAUUUUUGGAAACCUAAAUUAAGACAUGUGAACAUAUUAAACAGUUCUACUAAUAAAGUGUAAUAAGUUAAGAUCAAUUGAGAAAGUUGAAGCAAAAAAAUCCAUUUCAAAUUAGAUUGCUAUAAGUUGCAACCUCUAUUUUCUCUUUUAGACUUUCACAUCAUCCACCCUCCAAUCAUAACUAAAUGUUUCGAAUUUUCUUUGCAUAUUUAUAAACCAGAAGCUGUUGAUUGAUGGGCAUUUAUUUGUCUUUCAUUAACACUGUUUUUAAUCCACAAGUUUCAACAGAUAUUUUCAAUUCUACAUUUGACGGGGUCGAAGUUCUUCACCACAACUUCACACUCUAAACAACUUUAGCCCAUAAAUCGAAAAAAAAGAAUUAGCUGGUAUUGCUUGCUUAAGUUGCCUGAUGGGAUUGGAUUGUUGCUUCGAUGUAAGAAAAGAAGGAAAGGGAUUAUGGAAUCACAAUUGGAAUUAAUUGAACAAUCAGUUACUACCCAUUACUCAAAUUGGGUUUUUGAAGCUUUAGAUGAAUUGCAUGAUAAAUUUAUUAUAACUGAUCCUUGUAUAUCUGGUCACCCAAUUGUGUUUGCGAGCCGGGGUUGCUUGGAAAUGUUUGGAUAUUCAAAAGAAGAGGUGGUUGGGAGAAAUGGGAGGAUGUUUCAGGGGCAGGGGACCUGUAGAAGAACAGUGAUGGAAAUUCGAGAGGCUAUUCGAGAAGAAAGAGCAAUUCAAGUUAGUUUGUUGAAUUAUCGUAAAGAUGGGACGCCCUUUUGGAUUUUGUUUCAUAUGAGUCCGGUUUUCAGUGAGGUUGAUGGGAGGGCAAUUCAUUUUGUUGCUGCUCAAAUCCCGAUUUUGAGGAAGCCAUUGCGUUUGAGGAGUGGGCAUGGGAGAAAUGAAUUGUGCACUUGUGAAGAUGGGAUAAAGUCGAGGGAGAUUUUACUCGGGUCUUGUAGAAAAGAGGUGCUCAGGGAUUCUGUAUUAGAAUUGUGUCACGGCUUAACACUUGAUUCAGUCUCUGAUGCGGAUGAAGGAGUAGAGGUUGAGGAAUUAUGUGAGGCAAGUGAUCUUGAUAAGCAAAAGGCUUCCACUUCUAUUGACAAUAUUUUGUCAGUGCUAACUCGGUACAGUGCAUUACGAGGCAAAUCUGUUUCUAAAAAGAGAUGCUGUGUAGAGGGGCAGAGCCUUCUUAAUUCUGCCUUAUUAACAUCUCUUGGUAGAAUCAAACAGAGCUUUGUACUAAUUGAUCCGUACAUACCCAACAUGCCUAUUGUUUAUGCAAGUGAAGCUUUCUUGAAGCUAACUGGUUAUGAUAGACAUGAAGUGUUGGGACGCAAGCAUAGGUUCGUGAGUGGCUCAAAUACAGAUCCAUCCAUCUUGCUGCAGAUUAAUGAGUGUAUUCAAAAUGGAAAACCAUGCGCAGUACGAAUCCUAGAUUAUAGAAAAGAUAUGACCUCAUUUUGGAAUCUGCUUCAUAUAUCACCUAUACGAAAUGCUUCUGGAAAGGUAGCAUACUUUGUCGAGAUUCACAAAGAAGAAGAGCAUAUGAACCAAGACGGCCAAGCACUGAACGCGGAAUUGAGGCAGCUUGGUGCUAUAGCUUCAGUUAAAGUUGCUGUAAGAAGUGCAACGAUGGGUUCUGGCUCAUCUCGGCGAUAGGAAACGAGAAAGCAUUCGCAUAUUGGCAUAGGACUUCUUGCUCAACUAUUUGGCCUUUGUAAAUUGUUACAUACUCCUGUCUUAUGUCUUAUGGAGAGGGUAAAGAGAAUGAUUGAUAUGUCUUAACAAACAAGUAAGGGAAUUGAGCUAGUUGAUUCUCUUACCCUUUCCUAAAAACCCCAAACCAAACGCCCCCUUAGUUCUUUAUGAUCUUCAUGGACAUCAUCGUGUUGUAGAAGUAAAGCUUAGGUCAGACAUCUUUGGAACUCGGAAGGACUGAUAUUCACCAUCUUGUUUCUGCUUUUAUCCUGCCAAAUGUACAAAAUCUUGUGUAAGAUAAGAAUUGUUAAAAAAAAAAUUCACACACAUAUAUAUAUAUAUAUAUAUAUAUAUAUAUAGACUUUUCGUGUGUUUAUUGAUGUUAUUCUACUUUAGGUAA